CAGUAAAGGUGAGAUGAGCUCUAGAGCUCCGGCAGGUAUGACUGGAAACACACCGAGAGAAUCCCCGAGGCACCGCGCGUCUUGACGCACAAAACACUUUUACGCAAAGAAGCUUUUCUGCGUGUUACGCUGGAUCUUGCAACUCAGCGCCUCUUGCAGCAUGAAGUUGGAGGUGUUGUGUGGAAACCAUGAUAUGAAGCACUUUGAGGCACCCGGUGAUGGAGAGGGGAAAGAACAAUCUCCUCUCUCUGCAGAGGAGGAGCUGGGGUCCGAUGGAGACUGCGUGGCCAACAGCCCUCCACUCGUUACUCCGGGCGGGAACAGCAAAUCCAAACCGUACACACGGAGACCCAAGCCCCCGCUUUCCUACAUCGCUCUGAUCGCCAUGGCUAUCCGGGAUUCUCCCAGCGGACGUCUGACUUUGGCGGAGAUAAACGACUACCUGAUGAAGAAGUUCCCCUUCUUCAGGGGUAGCUACACCGGCUGGAGGAACUCUGUGCGGCACAACCUGUCUCUGAAUGAUUGCUUUCUGAAAGUGCUCAGGGACCCGUCCAGGCCCUGGGGGAAAGACAAUUACUGGAUGCUCAACCCUAACAGCGAGUAUACGUUCGCUGACGGCGUGUUCCAGCGCAGGAGAAAGCGCAUCAACAAGCAGUUCGGCCGGGAGCAGGGGCUGUCCCAGCGCGCAGAAGAGCCUCAGGUUACCGAUAAAGCCAACCCAAUCACCAAGACUGAGCCCUGUGCCAAGUUUACAAGCUCGUUUGCUAUUGAUAGCAUCCUCAGCAAGCCUUUCAAAGAAGAUUCAACCAGGCAGCCUUUUUACCCUGCGUUCCUCUGGCCAUACUCUGAACUUAUGACGCAUCACUCAAACGCAUCCGCUUCUUUCCCGUGCGUUUAGGCAGGCUGCUCUUUGGACUUAUAAACGCCUGCUGCUGGAAUGCAGUCGUGAACAGAAAACAAAACCGACUCGUCUGUUGUUGUUGUUUUUCUUGUUUGGUGAUUGAAAAUCACGACUGUGCGUAGAUGCUUUAAUUUAUUAUCUUACCGACGGUGGCAUUUUUUUUUAGCCAUUGCAUCUCCACUUUUUUUUCUUUAUUUAACGUUUUAGUUUUGUUAAUAACCAUGAAUUGUAAAUGUUACUGUAUAAAAACGAUAUACUUUGUUUGACAAAAAGUCUCCGAAUGCACUUUGUUUGUUUUUCUCUGUCAAAAACCUUUAUAAUAAAAAAAUAAAAGACAGCAAAA